GGGUGAGUAUGGAUUGAAACGAUUUUUCCGCGAUGGAUACAAAACUGCUGUCGAAGAUCCUAACAGACCAACAUAUUACAGUUCUGAACUCAAGGUAUAUAUAUGAUGCGUUUAUUGCGUAGUAGUUACAAGGGCAAUAUUAAUCUGUGACCUUAACUCUACAAAACCUUUUACAAAACUUGCUAGCUCAUAUGGUCUUGUUGGUUGUUAAAAAAAAUUAUCUCCUAUUCUGUCACCACCUAAUACAUAAGUAUAAAGCUUUCCCAAAUCGGUUUUGUUGAAACACUGGAAAUUAUUUUCAAAGUCCUUACCAUGGAAAUAGUAUAUGGAGUUAGUUAAAAAUGGUAUAGAAAUCCAAUUUUCACACUAAUUGUAGUUUCCAUACUAUGGGUAUAGUAUUGAAAAAGUAUGGAUAUGCUAUGCCUAUGGAGUUUUGUGAUGGAUUUUAUGAUUCCAUAGUAUGAAUUUCAUUAUUUUUUCCAGUGCAAGAUGCUGCCUAUAUUUCCCUUACUAUAAUCACUCUAAAAACAAUCUAGACUGAAUAAAUUUCUCCUGCAUGUUAACAAAGAAAUAACACUUUCACUGACCAGUAUUUUAUUGGUUAAAACAACCAAAAAUUUGGUUAUUUUCACCAACUUUUCGGUAAUUUUGAAGAAAAUGCAUCUGAGACGACCAUCUCAAAUUGGUUAUUUUCACCAGUCUGUAAUUUCUAAAUAUUCUGUUGAUAUCUUAUGCUACAGUAUAGAUACAGUAUUAACUGUAUUUAGAACAGACCAAACAGCCUAUUACAUGUUACAUGUUACAGUCGAACUACUGUACAAGAACCUUCCCGCUUCUGCUUCUGUAAUUUGUUCUGAUUUUCUGUACUUUGUUCUGAUUUUCUGUACGUUGUUCUGUUUUAUUGAUAUAGCGCUACCGAUAAAAUAAGGAAAUAUACGGCAAUCUGUGUUUUUAUACAUGAAGUUGUGACAAAGAAUGCACUUUUCGUAUGAUUCACUGUAUAUACUAACGCAUAAAAGUUGAUAUUAAACUUUUGUGGAAUUUUGACUGUAAUAAAUUUUGUGAUGUACAAUUGUUUAAUAUGAAACUCGUGAAUAAUUCAUGACCGUGAAAGAGUUUGACAUGUAUAUCUGCAAAAUCAUGCUGAUAAUGUUGAAGAAUACUGAUGUUCUCAUCAAGAUGCUUCACAAACAAUUUAUUUCGGAUCGAGUUUGUAUAUCCGGAUACAACACGGCCGCUCAUGGUGUAAAUGGUACUUACAGAGUAGUUUUUAUUUUAUUUCUUUCAAUUGUUUAGUUGUUUGAAGGAAUUGAAUGUGAAUUUCCAUGUCUCUACAUUUAUCUAUUACUGAAUGGUGAGAAUGAUAUAUUGUAAUUCAAUUGCAUUGGUAUCAGCCACUUACUUAUAUUUAAGAAAUGCUUCACAUAUAUUUUUAAGCGUGUAAAUAUAAAAUUGUUUUUCUUCAAAGCUUGGUUUAGUAAUGAUAGGAAUGCUAUUGAGAAGUAUUCUAAAAUGCUCGACAAAACAAUAAUGUGGGAUUCUCAUGAAACAGGUAAUGUUUAAAGUAAUGUUAAUAAACGAGUAGGAGUGUUUUAUCACAUAUAAAACACGACGCGUAGCGGAGUGUUUUAUAUGUGAUAAAACACUCCUACUCGUUUAUAUUAAACACUGUGAUAUUCUUUCGGUAACACCUGUACUGUACAUAGGAAGCAUUAACAUAAUGAUGGCUGACCAUUAGUCGAAACGUCGAUCAGUAUACAGUGUGCAUGGUCGAAAAUUGGCGUAAAUUGUUUAUAUACUAUGCAUUUUUUACAGGUAAACGACAUGAAGACGAAAUCGAUAGUAAGUAAAAUGAUUGACAUGUAGAAAUUUCUGAAAGCAGUGCUUGAUAAGCUCUUGAUCUUAAUGACGAGGCCUGGAUAUUACCUUACAGAUAUUGGUGUUGUGCCAAAGUAUUACUACGUGCCAGAAUUCGCUAUUAGAGAUGAGCGGAAGGAGCCUGGAAGUCAAGAGAAAAUGCCUGCUUCAAAAGAAUAUGUCAGCCUUUGGGAUCAAUCACUAUAUAUUAUUGUGAAGCUGCUAGGUAAGUUUAUACAUAUCGCUCUUAUUUUAAUACCUCCCUCCUCAUUAUUUACGAAAUCUAAAUGUACUACCUAAUUCAAAGAAAACACGUUCUAUGCUGGCAAAUGUUAUAUGAAAUAAGCCAUUUUCGUAGCUUGAGGCUAUAUUUCAGUGCCAUGCAUCACCCAUCACCGUCACGUGCACUUCAAUAAACUAUUUCCAUAACUUGGAGCUGUAUUUCAGUGCCAUGCCUAAACGUAGGUCCGUACUCGGCUUGCUUUGGCGGGUUUGGUCAAUUUGCUAAGUAUGUCGACACAUGCAAAAAUGUGUAAGUAUACGAAAAUCAAAGCAACUUAAGCUUAAAUUAAAAAGAAAAGAAGUGAAUAAAAUAUCUAGACUGGUUUGGCACAAUCUCAACACUUUAGCGUAUAAAGGUGUAUGCGAAUUUUGUAUAGAGCGGUCUCGACCAGUUAUAUGUCCAUGCAAGAUUGUAUAUUGAUCAUGUAUUUGAUAGGUUCAGUCCACGCUCGGCUUGCAUGCAUUCGCGCAUGGGCAUAACGAUAUUUUUCUCGAACUUGCUCCAUUUUUUUCGGAGUACACCGGAUUUUCGGAACACUAAUAGUCGGGGACAGAACACAGUAACAUGACUGUUCUCAACUGUCCUGAUCAUCCCAAUUUCCAAGUAGGAGCACUUCAUAGAAACAAGUGCUUCAUAUAUGUAUAGCACUUCUUUCUGUAUUUUGUUCUGCUAUUCGUCUACAUAAGGCCCGACUUUAUAUUAUACAUGAGAUCAGCAAGAUUGUACUUUUUAACAAUAAUAUACAUAGAAAAUUACUCGAUUCUGAUUGGCUAAGAGGAGUGCAAUUUUAUCGAAGUACAGUGCCAAAAAAUAAAUACAGUACAAAUGCCAAAACAAAAAACAUUCUGAUUCAAAUUUUGACUUUCGAUAACGUGUACUAAGUUGUCGUGCCAUUCAAAUGAGUGAGUAAAUUAUUUAUUUCGCGUGUGUUUCAUGCAUGCAAGUGGCUAAAAAUUACUUCUGCAAAUGUGUAUCAUUUAUAUUUAUAAUAGCAUGGUUUCUCGUCCAAUUGGGAAAAAUAGAAUAUUUGCUUGCUGAUAGGAAUUUUAUGCCUUUCCGCCUGCAUGAGACAUUGGGUAGAUAGGUUGGUUAUUAGGUGUUGGAAACGUAACCCCCAGCCAGAUCAACCCCACUACGUGUUGAAUGUCUUGAUGUGUGUGCAUUAUUAAUACCUUACCCAGCAAACAGAGCGCAAUGCAACACUCAAGUCUAAAUGCCAGGAAAGUACUAUUUUUAAUUAAUCCUUAAUACUCGCUAGUUCAGAGGGAAGGCAUAAACAAACAGGCUUGAGUUUUUCAUGGACUUUAAAUUGCACUUGUGCAGUUUUAAUCGUCUUUGAAAAACCCGCUCGUGCAUGUAAUUUUUUUCAAGUUUCACUCGAAACCAUACUAUUACCAAUACAAGGUGAAUUAUCCUCCUAAAUGUUUCUUUUCCCAACACAUUUAGAAGCAGAUUUAAUCGAUAUUGGUCAUCUGGAUCCGUUGGAAAGGCACAAGGGAAGAUCCAAUCUCGGUCACUAUGGUUACAUAAACCAUAGAUAUUCUUCAUUCAAGGUAAGCCAGUAUUCAUGAAGGAUAUGUUUCAAAACGAUAAAAGCAUGCAGGGCGUUUAGUCGAAGACCAGUAUGUAUAUUAUGCAGUAAUGUAUAGCCUAUGUAAUAUGUAACGAGCUCGUUUUCCUUGACAAGUAUUACCACAGAGAGCUAAAUACGGAUCUUUUUGGGGAGCAACGUAUUGUAUAUUUACAGAAUUACCUGUUUCAUCCAAGAGGAAUCAUCAGUUGGCUGAAACAUUUCGAAAAAUAGGUUGCUUAAUUUAUACGGCCAGAAACGUGUGCGUCAGACAAUACAUGCAUUCAUUGCAUUGUUAACGUUGACGUUGUUUACCAGGAAUUAUUUUUAUAAUUACAGGUCAAAAUUAUUUCUGAUUUUUUGUUAAGUAAAAAUUGUUUAAUAUAGUCCUGCAAACUACAGAGUUGUUCCCCUAAACACAAAUUACAUAUUCAUUUGAUUCUCCGGUAUAAGAAACAGCGUGUUUUAGUAUUGACCAAGUUAUGUCGAAAUCUUGUUCGUUUCUUAAUUGCUAAAUAUAUUUCGAAAGCUCCGUAACAUGAUACGUUCGUGUGUUUAGGCCCGCAGUAAUUGUCAAUAAGCUGUUGCGGUGUCCCAGCCACUCUGUGUAAUUUUAUGCCGGCAAAGUUAAUAAAUAAAUUUAAAAAAAUAAAUAAAAUCCAAUCAUGCUAGUUUUUGAACAAAGAAAAUUGUAUUGAACCGUGAACGGAAAACUUGAUAGGUAUUAUUUCGCGGUAUAGUACGUUGCUUCGCACUCAUCUUCGAGAUUCCAUUUCCAUGCAUCAAUCUUGUGUGUAGUAUCGCAGACAGUUUCAGCUAUUUUUAGUUUGUAGGAACGAAAGGAAAAUACGUUGUGGGGUUCCCCAGGGAUCGAACCUUGGUCCCCUUUUGUUUUUAUUAUACGUCAAUGACCUGCCAAAUUGCUUGGAUAAAUCCUGUCCGGCAAUGUAUGCAGAUGAUACAAAUCUUACAGUAUGUUCAGAUAGCAUUAAUAAUUUGGAGGAAGCACUAAAUUCUGAAAUGAAAAAUAUUCACCAGUGGCUUCUUUCAAACAAGCUAACUUUAAACAUUGAAAAAACAGAAUACAUGAUCAUUGGAACCCGUCAAAGACUAGCUAAAAUUCAAAAAAACACCAGCGUAUCAUGCGGGGGAAAACUAUUGAAACAGGUUUAUUCCAAAAAGACUUUAGGUGUACUGAUUGAUGACAAUCUAUGUUGGAAUGAGCAAAUCGACAACAUCAGUAAAAAGGUAUCGAAGGGCAUUGGUAUGCUGCGCCGUGCAAAGCCAUUUGUCUCUCUUGAAACUCUUAAAUAUAUUUAUCAGGCUUUAGUGCAACCGAGUUUUGAUUACUGCUCCAUGGUUUGGGGAAACUGUGGCGAAGGUUCAAAAGAAAAGCUACAGAGACUACAAAACCGUGCAGCUAGAGUAAUCACAGGUGAUACCUAUGAAAUUCGCUCCACGGAUAUUUUAAAGAAAUUAAAUUGGAGAACACUCGAAGAGAGAAGAAAGGAGCAAAAAUUAGCAUAUGUGGCCAAAGCCCUUUCAAACCAAUGUCCUGAAAACGUUUCAACUAUGUUUAAAAUCUCAAAUUCUGAUAAAUAUAAUUUAAGAAGUAAUAACAAGAUGCUGAUGUUGUCGAAGCCUAAAACAAAUUCAAUGAAAAGGACAUUCGGAUAUGCUGCUGCUAAAGACUGGAACUAUAAAACUAAAAAUUUUAAAUCUACUUAAUUCAUUUGUAAUAUAUAUAUUUAACGUAUCGCUUCGACCCAAACAUUUCUUAGUAUCUUUUAAUAUUUUUAUAAUAGUUUAUAUAAUAGUAUUUCGAGUUUUAAUUUGUAUUUAGUAACACGGCCUAAUGAAAAACAACCUUUAUAAUUUUUGUAAAUACUGAUAGGUAAUAUGGUUGAUUAGUUACCGUGUAUAAAGAUGUUCUAAAGAUAAUAAUAAUAAUAAUAAUAAUAAUAAUAAUUAUGAAAUCGUUCACGUACUUAAAUAGUGGAGGCGUAAAAAUUGUCGAGGAAAGGUCGUCCGUCGUACACACGAGCAAGUGAACUCGUGAGCAACUUGUUAAGGAAAACUAGCUUGUCAAGUUAUCCAGGGAAAGAGUUUGCUUUGUAAAAUCUUUGAAUUACAUUUAGCAUUCUUGAGGUGGAUAGCUAUUCACUACUGUUUAUAUCUGCAAAACGCAAAACAAGUCGCUUACUAAAAUUAUUAUUUAUUUAAAAUUCUCUUGCAUUUUAGGUGAUCGAAUCUGAUUUAGUUGUGCAAGUGUCAUUAAUCGCGGAAAAUCGCAGGUAAAAUCUCAACCGAAAAAUACCUCUGUGUCUUGGUACUGAGUUUUCCACCAGGUGGAUUUCAUCACUAAGCGGGACAGUGCAGCACAUGCCCGUACUCUCUAACAGGAAAGACAUUAGCCUGGACGCCCUCUCUUCUCCCGCCCGCACUAAACGCCUGCCACGCAGGCUAGAAAGACAUUUAUCUCAGGCGCAAUUCAGGUGACGCUUCACUCAUUCGCCGGUUCUUUGGUCAAAAUAUAAAAUUUAACAAGCGACGUUAUUUUGACAACACGUCCCUUGUUUAAGAGGCUGUCUCUCUAAGAACCGACCAAUGACUCUCGGCUCAAAAAAUGAAAAUCUUCGUUACUUUCACAAUGAAAUGUAUUUAACCCAAGAACAAACAAACACUAUUUGGAAUUUUGAAAUUUUAUUGAUUUUUAAAAUUUCAGCGAUUUUUCGGUUCUGCGCCAUCGGGCAGAAAAUCCUCUGCCUAUAUAUCAGGCAUAAAAAUUAGCCGAAUUCAAAUACACAUCAUUUUAAAAGUAUUCAACCAAAUUUUAUGAUUUUUUCACCCGCCACUACGUGAAAAUUAUUCUACUUUGAAACUUACCUUGUUUUAUGAUGCUUUUGCAGAACGAUUAUGGCAAACUUUAGCGAUAACAAGCACCGGGUCUAAAUACGGCUUUGUACACAUAUCAAUUUCGACUUUAAAUUUCUCAAAAGUGGCACCUAACUGGAUUCAGCGACUAAUAUGGUUAAAAAGAGGGAAGUUUGAAGUACCCAUAUCCAUAAUAAAACUUGUUACCAACCGCGAUUUGAAGACUGGACAGCCUCUGAAAUUUGAUACAAUUUGGGUAUUUUGUUUAGCUUCAAUUAUAGCGGAGUUGAGACGUCAGAGCUUCCAGUCACUUGUAAAAUGCGCUGUUGUUCCGUUUUUUUACACAAGCCGUUAAUAUCAUCGUAGUUAAGCGAUUUUUCUGUGUUCAUGAACAUCACAAGUGGAUUUAAUUCGAAAAGAUUUCGAUCGAUGCAGCGAGGCGAACGUGGUACGCUUUCGUAUUAAAAUUAAAUUAGCUACUCGGGGAAAACCCGUAAAUUAUUGUGAAUGCUGAUAUUUAUUCAUCUGAACUCUGUAUGUCUAUUCUGCACGAUUGGAAAUUAAUUUAAACUUGAAAAUUACUAUAGAUAUUGAUUAUUAUAAAAAGAUCCAGUUUGAAUAGGGGUUUUGAUUAGUGUUUCAACCAGGGCUUGGCUGAAAUUUAAUAGAAGAGUCAUAUAUGAAAUGGUCUCCAAAUGACCCCCACCCCAACUCUAUCCUGACCCCUACCCUACACCCACCUCACCUCUAUUGUGAUGUCAUUUGAUCGAGGACCUUUAUAUCAACUUCACCUGGAAUUGUUUAAGGAGAGCUAAUAAAGGGUGAAGUUUAUUUUCAUACAAGAGUUUUCAAAUGACGUCACAAAAACGCGAGGUUGGAGUAGGGUUGGGUUUGGGGCAGAAUCGUACUGGGGGUGUUAGGCCAGGGCAUGUGGGGACUCUUGUAUGAAACGUCGGCCAGAAUAAUGGUAGAAACUGUUCACGAUGUAUUUAAAAUGGGGAAUGUUAAUUAAUGCGUAAAUUACCCCUAUGCAUAAGGUAUAGACAGUAUCAUGUGAAGAUAUAUAGUUGGGAAUCGAAAUUGUCAAAUAUAUUAAUGGAAUUGCUGUGCAUUACACGGUCAUGUUUCUGGUUUUCUGUAAUUGUUGCAUGCACGAUUAAACUGUUUAUGACGGGAAGUGCCACAAUUAGCAAUGACUCUAUUUUACCUCGCUUACCUCGCUGUAACGUUUACCUCGCUGCAUCGAGCCAAAUCUUUUUGAAUUAAAACAACUUGUGAUGUUCAUGAACACGGAAAAAUCGCGUGUGAAAAAAAACCCGAAACGACAGCGCAUUUCACAAAUGACUGGAAGCUCUGACGUCUCAACAACGCUAUAAUUGACGAUAACAAAUUUCUGAGGCUCAGGAGUCUUCAAAUCGCGGUUGGUAACAAGUUUUAUUAUGGAUGUUGGUACUUCAAACUUCCAUUAUUUUAACCAUAUUAGUCACUGAAUCCAGUUAGGUGCCACUUUUGAGAAAUUUAAAGUCGAAUUUGAUAUGUGUACAAAGCCGUAUUUAGACCCGGUGCUUGUUAUCGCUAAAGUUUGUCAUAAUCGUUCUGUAAAAGCAUCAUAAAACAAGACAAGUUUCAAAGUAGAAUAAUUUUCACGUUGGUGGGUGAAAAAAUCAUAAAAUUUGGUUGAAUACUUUUAAAAUUAUAUGUAUUUGAAUUCGGCUAAUUUUUAUGCCUGAUAUAGGCAGAGGAUUUUCUGCGCGACGGCGCUGGUCCGAAAAAUCGCUGAAAUUUUAAAAAUUAAUAAAAAUUCCAAAUUCCAAAUAGUGUUUGCUUGUUCUUGGGGUAAAUACAUUUCAUUGUGAAAGUAACGAAGAAUUUCAUUUUUUGAGCCGAGAGUCAUUGGUUGGUUCUUAGAGAGACAGCCUCUUAAGCUCUCUAUUGUCGUUCCAAAGUCACAUAAUGCGACAUGACUGUGUCGAACAUUUAUCGCUCCAAAUUUCGCUGCACUUAACUAUUUCAUACGUCGCUCUUUUGUCGCACCUAAUAAUUUGUCAGUUACGUACUACUACGUUCGGCGCAUGAGUGGAGCAGCAUCUGAAACGGGCCUGAUUUUUUGCCUUCAAGGCUUUAAUAUGAGUUGUUUGGUGGUAAAUACGCGUGUAUAACAGUUUUUAGCGUCAUUUAUUUGCUUUCUUGAUUGUCAAUAUAUUAGAGGUUGACCACCAUUUAAAAACUUAACUAUGCAAUUUUCCCUGCAAAUUUCUGAUCAUAUAAUCUAACAAGUACAAAUGCAUUGAUAUAUAGUUUACAAGCAACACUGGCGACUUAUGGUAUUCAUACUCAAACACCAAAACAAGUCGAACCGAUACAGAUAUGGCCUCCGAGUGAAUUAGUGAAGGUAGGCCUUUAAUGUGUAUUAUUUUCGUUCUUGACGAUAAGCGUCAUCUUUGCUGAAACUAGUAACUUAAGGAUGGAGUAAUUAAGGCAAUGCAAGAACAACGACUAAAAAGUCUGCUACAAAUAUAAAAUAUAUCAUUGUAUAUAUUAUGAAAUUCACACGAAAUUUUGUUAUGAAAUCUUAUGACUAAUUUUGUUAAAUGCAUGUAAAUCAUAUGCCUUGAAAAGUUACCAUUAUCAGAACAUUUUGCGUGAAAAACAGAGCCAACGCGUCAUUUUGUGUUCGCUACUUGAUGUUUUCGUUCUGUUUUCCUAAGGCCUCGAGCCCCUCACAUCAACAAAUUAAUAAAGUUAACCCUUACCCAGAGUUAUUCCCGUUAUCUGGGGGAGAACAGAACCUAGAAAUUACGAAGACCAGGCUGAAGUGGGAAUCUGACAAACGUUAACUAAUAGGUGUACAAGAAGCUUGGUGUAAACAAGAAGUUAGCUCUUAGUGGAAGACCUACUCGACCAUUUGGUUCAUUAGCUACAAGCAAGGUAAGUUUGUUAUAUUUUAGAUAACCUGUUAUCCUGAUUGUAUGAGUUUUAAAUCCACUAAGGCUCGACGAAGUCAUUUAGUUGGUUGUUAAUGUCAAACUUAUCCGGUCCUGCAUCCCCAGACCGCCAUUAAAGGCCAUGCAAUUGUUAAUAACGCGGAAUGAGCAAGAAAAAAAUGCUCCUAUCGAUUCAAUCUUUGAGAAUACGAUAUUUUUCUCCACCCGACAUUUUAAUUAGAAAGGAAAGUUAGAUUUACCCUAUAGCUCUUCCUAUCGUUCCAAUUCGGUGCAUUUAAGUGCACUAUAGCUAUCGCUAUGGCAAGUGCAGAAUGAUACAAAUAUUAAAACGUAUAGUGUGCCUUCCUUCUGAGACAUUGGGGAGCGAAGUUCCUUAUUACCUUAUUAUUUAUAAUUGAUGGGACAAGUACCAGGGCUGCAAAUUACUGUCGGACAUCGGACAAUGUCCGACUAAAUUUGGCAAAUGUCCGAGCAAAAGUAAUUUUGAUCGGACAUUGGUCCGAUCACAAAAAAAAUUUGUCACACAUUUUUUUGCUGUGACAAAAUCUGAUUGCCAAUUCACUCAAUUUGCAUUUUGCAAUAAGGCAUUCUAGCAUUUUACUUAACGUGGCGCCGGAAUGGCUAUACAUACUUGUCUCGUGACUUAUAUAUAUUUUGUGACAUAUAUGUCCGACCAAAUUUAGUGAUGUUAGUUUUUGUCCGACCAAAUUCAAGUUAUGUCCGACCAAAAUUAAAAGUGAUCGGACAAAUGUCCUGUCAAGUCAAGUAUUUAUUUGCAGCCCUGAGUACUGACUUACAAAGGACAUACAAAACAUGUCGAGGAGUCAGGUAAAUUAUUGCCAAAGGGGUCAUUUCGCCUAGUAUGUUAACAGGUCAGGAAACGCAACACUUGAGCCAUAAUGUGCGAAAGUAUAGUCUUUAGUAAUUGCAUGUGUUAAAGUAAUUAUAGCAAGUGAAAAUGAAAGCGAAAGUAUACUGUUUAGCAUGAAUUGUUUUUUAUAGUUUUUGUUUGAGAAAUUUUCUUCCUAAGGUGAUGUUGGUUAUACCCAUCUUUAGGGCGUGGUUUAGUUUCUUACCCAACCGCUUCCUUUAAAUAAAAGUUUGCCUGCUUACCCGACUAAUAACCUGGGGCCGGUUGUAUAAAAAAGUGAUUAAAGUUAACUACAGUAUAGUUAAGUGCAAACGUCAUCCAAUAAGAAGCGCCUAUUUGAGAGUUAAUCACUAUUUAACUAAAAAAUAGUGAUUAAAAAAGUGAUUAAGAGUUUUAUACAACCGGCCCCUGAUUCUAGGAAUGAAGAAUAUUUGGCCUGGCCUUAAAUUUUAUUACCAUGCACAUGACAAAAGUAUAUGGACAAUAUAUUUGACCAAUUUUGGAUGCGAAUCCAUGUUGGUCCGUACCUUUUUGAAAAAUACAGUAGAUAUUUGUUGUUUGUUUAGAUUUAUAGAAUUCUGGGUUGCACAGUGUUAUGUUAUCCAAUUAUUUUGGACGAAAGAGACUUUUAUAUGUCUUUGGAUAUGUCACUUUUGAUUGACGAAUUUCAGGUUAGCUGGUACUUGUUAGUUUAUUGUUAGUUAUUUUUUGUGUAGGUUUGCUCCCUCUAGCAACAGACAGAGAUAAGGUUAUCUGAAAUCUUGUGCCUCCUAAUAACCUCAUAAACGUAUACGUUUCAUAUCGAAACUCAAGGUUUGAGAAAAUUAAUCAGGGGACGCAAUCAGGUUCGCUACUUUAUUUCAAAGUGAAAUAGCGUACCGGCAAGAUAGAAUAUAAGAAUAGUUAACCCGUCAUUAUUCUCUAUGAUCGUGAAGGGUUAACUAAUUAUUUUUACCAUCCACUAAUAAGUUUAGUCGUCUUUAUAGCGUUAAUCGUUCCCUUACAUUUUGAAGGAUUUUUUGUAGUUAAUACUUGUUUAAGAUAAAAAGAUUUCAUUGGUUGUAGAGAAAGUUGAGUUUUAUCCGCAAUAAUUGGAAUAUGAGAGGUCGACCUACAGUCUGUCUUCUUAUUAGAGACAAUCAUACCAGGUAAAGUAAGCAACAUGUUGAAGCAUUAUUUGUGGGCCUGCUUAUUUAGUUAUUUUAGGGGGUGUAGCUUAUUGGGGAGGGGCUAAUUAGAGAGGGCGGGCUUACUGAAUUAUUUAAAACGAUCUCAGGAAAUUCAAGACCAAUCUGAAUAAUCUUUUUCCCUAUACAGAGGAACACAUUUUCAGGAAUUUCUUGAUCUCAUGGCGCGAUUAAAGAGAGGAGAAUGUGAUGGAGUGAAAACCAGGCUAGGCCGACUUCAGGUAUACUUGCUGUAGCUGUAAUAAUUUUUCUCUAACAUUCUUAGAUGUCUAUUGUUGUAAGUUUUGAUCCAUUUUGACCUAUUUCGGGCUAUUCCACAAAGCCACAAAAUUAAUGUUCUACUAAUUGUAGUUUAUGCUAAUAUUAGGCCUUGUACUGUCCGCAAUAUAGCAUAUAUUGAAUUAUAAUGUAUCAAUAUUAAAUAUAUUUUUUGUUUUGGGCUAAAUCACCAAAUGUUUUGAAGAAUCUGCUAGCUGAAUAAAUAUAUUUGUUUUUAGACCUUUAUUUCUGGUUCGUGUAUUGAACACUUGGAUUUUCUCAAAGACACUGGUCACGUUGUGAGGUUGGUUUAGACGUACGUUGCUUUGAAACAUUUAGGUUCCCCCCUGCAGGUUUUUCCUGCAAGACAGCACACCAAUAAGGGAUGACCCUUGCUCUUUAGUGUAAAUGCUUUCUUUUAAUUUAGGCUUCCAACUGUAUAGUAACAGUAGACCAAAUUAGGAUGAACCUCAUGGACUUUUAGGAAGAAGCAGUAUAAAUGAAGUUUUAUUGAAAAUUUACUAUUUAUAACACUGUUCGUUUAUUAUUAGUAACACUGCAUCAAUAAAGAAUGGCACUUGUCCUGUAAAGAGAUAAUUUUACAAUGAAAUAGCUAUGUACAGUAAGAAUUAAGUUAGUUCAGUUAAUAGGUUUUCCCCUGUGCAUGGUAUGUAAUAUUACACUGGAGCGGUAAAAGUUUAGUGGUUCCUACUAAAUCUCUGGUUCUUAUAAUCUUGCACUCGAAAUUUACAGAAACCCCUCAACUGCUAGUUCUAUCGAGGGAGAUGCUCGGAAUCUCGAUAUUUACCCAUACCUUAAGCCGGUUUUCCACUAGCGAAUUUUCUCACGGCGCGAAGCGAUCUUUUUCCUUUGUCGGCAUCCAUUUUGCCACGUCGCUAGUGGAAAACCGGCUUUACAUUGGCAUCGCCCAUGCACUAUGUAGUAUUUAAAACACGAGCAGGAGCGGUUUAUCAGAUAUAAAGAUACGAGGCGAAGCCGGGUAUCUUUAGGUCUGAUAAAACGCACUGCUCAUGUUUUAAAUUGCUUCAAAAACGAUCGAUCUAGCAAUCUCUUUGGCGAAGUAAUUUUCAAAAAAUACGUUGUGUAAGUCGAGAAAAUCAAAGAUAAAGUUUAUGUAAAUCAAGGGAAAUCUCUAUCACAUUAAAGAUACGACACGCUUAUCGGAUUUUUCUUUGUGUUUUCCUCUUGAAUUAUUGAGUUUUUGAAAUAUAUACAAUACCUUGCGGUUAAUAUUCGUCAACAGGACUCUAGCUCUGCCUCAGUUGGUUAGAGCUCUGCAACGGAAUCGCAGGACCGCCGGUUCGAUUCCUGCGAGAGGACCUAUAGUUGCAUUUUAUGCAACUGCUCCUGGUUUGCUCUGAAAAUUGUAUAUAAUCUUCCUCUAGAAAUUUCUAUCUACAAAAAUCCUUCGACUAUUAGUUCUAUCGAGCGAGUGCCCAAAAUCUCGAUAUUUACACAAAAUAUACUUGCUGUUAGACUAGAUAAAUCAAAGACUGUUAAUCAAACUAAACCGAUAAAUAAAUCCAUGAAUUGGAUAGAUAAGCAAUGCACGCAUGAUCAAUUAAAUAGGUCAUUCCAGUUUAAAUAUUGUACUUCCGUUGCCUCUUGUCAUACAGCAGUAAAAGCAGUGCUAGCAGUGAACAACAAGUUGAAGAAGAUUUUGUUUUUGAGAGGAUCAAAGAAGAUUCAUUUUCUGAACAAGAAGUUUCAGUUCACACCAUAGCCGACACAACAGAGGAGGAACGUCUCGUAGUACACAAAGAAAAGUGUUUCAAUAAAGACGAACUUCGUUUAACAUCAAGCGAGGACUUGCUGCAGUUGUUAACCAAAUCUGAGGCGAUGAAUAAAGAAGUUUUCAUCCUGGAAUUGUUGAUAAAACGUGAAGGAAUGAAGUGCGUGACACCAGAAGGUAAAGUCCUUUAAAAAUAUAUGGUGGUUUUUAAUGUGCCCUGAACAUGCGCACAGCAUGCAAUUUUGGAAAAUAUCAUUUCAUUUCUGCGAUUAUUAAAUUAAACAUAUCGAGGACAAAUGCGAACGAAAGAUUUACUAAACAUGGUCAGAGUCAAAUUUCACAUCAAAAUAGCCAGGAUAAAUUAUUAUUUAUUGCUAUGAUCGACCAAUAAACCGUAAAACCUGUUCAUAUCGAUUGGCGACCCUUAUACCAACCUCAUUCCCAGGGUCUUUCUCAAAUGCCCUUAUACGACAACCUAUUCGGAUACAGCAAACGCCACCCAAGUAGUAUCAAUGGUCUGCAAUUAUGUUUCUUCAGGAAACCCCAUAAAAUAGUUUGCAUUUUAUUAAGAUUGCAUGGUCAAGUUGACUGUUCAUUUUUGCAUGGUAUACCUUAUAUCAUGUUUACAUAGGCUCCCUGGAUGAAUUAGUUCAUAAAUUAUACCUCAAAGCCGGACGUGUUCAAGAUUGGGAUGUUAUACGCCACUGCAGUGGAUUACUGAGGAAGAUUGUGGAUAGUUUGGCUCCAGCAAUAUCAACAAUAUUGGUUCAUGGAAAAGUGGUAGGUAUCCCUUUGUACAGUAGUGAUGCACCAAUAUCCAUGUUGGCGUAUUGGAGAUCGGUAUAUUGACCUUAAAUUCAAAAUAUCGGUAUCGGUAUUUUUGUUGCCAAUUUUUAUAUAUAACAAAUUGAUACAAUAUAUUUUAAAUUUAGAGUAUAUUUUUAAUUUCAAUUUCAUUGUAACAUUCAACAUAUUGUUGUUAGAAUGUUAGGGUUUGUAAUACAAGUGAGAAUAUAUACAUUUUAAGACCUAACAAGGAACGACUUCGAAAAAUGCAGGCACAAGGUCCUUUGGUAGGAAUUGAACCUAGGCAGGCCGUAUGGUCAAUUCCUACCAGAGGACCUUGUGCUGCAUUUUUCGCAGUCGUUCCUGGUUAGAUCUUAAAAUGUAUAUAUUCUCACUCAUUCUAAUAUUAAUUCCACCAAGUGAAGUGCAAGAAUCCAAAUCAUUGAAGUCUACAUAUUUUUGUUAGCAUGUAUACAUGUAUGGUAUACUGUAAGUGUUAAUACAUGAUUGGCCACUCUGAACACUUAGUUAUGAAGAAUUUUCUACAGGAAGUCCAAUUGCCAUUUGUGAAUUUCGAAGUGAAAAAAUAUGGGCCUUGAAUAUCGGUAAUCGGAAUAUCAGUGAAUUUUCAUAUCCGUGCAUCACCUUUGUAUCCUGAAAGCACUCACUAUAGAGAUACAUAAAACCCCAACCCUGAAAGAAAACUGCACGCUUGUAAUUAGUUAGGUGUGAGAAUAUCUUUGAAAGGAAGUCGAGAUAUCACUUUCAGGCUUUUCAACGACUGUUGUGUCUUGAGUUUGUAAGUUGAUAAUAUUCCGCGUAUAUGAAUUUCUUAUUAAGGAAAAAUCUUGUUUGUUUUGCAACAGGUAACAUUGGGUAUGUUUGGUCAUGAAGAAAGAGUUGUUUAUGAACCUUUAACUCCGGGAGCAAUUGAGGUAGGAAAGAAUUUUCUGGCUGAUGUGAAUGAGUAUAUGCAGAAUUUUCGGCAAGACAAAAAAAUAAUUGCAUGGUUUAAGUACUAUUUAAAACACGAGUAGGAGUGUUUUAUCAGAUAUAAAACGCGAGGCGCAGCCGAGAAGAAUACUAAUUAGGAUGAACCAUUAUAUAAUCAUACUAAUUAGGAUGAACAAUUAUAUAAUGCCACAUGCUUUAUCAGAUAUAAAGUAACUCCACGUGACAUCUUAUGGCUGACAUGAUUUGCCACAAGGUUUAUGAAUUAUUAAUGAGCAUUUUAAGGACUAUAUAGUUAAAACAUUUAAAACAUUCGCAGCAUGCCGAUCUUUAUCUGAUAUACAAACUCGAGCCGAAGGUUUUGGCUUGAGUUUGUAUAUCAGAUAAAGAUCGGAUGCGAAUGUUUUAACGUGCUUAAAAAACGAUCCAUCUUAUGAGUUCAUUGGCGAAGUAAUUUUAAAAAUAAACAUUGUCUAAGCCGAGAAAAUCAAAGCUGAAGUUUUAUGUUUAUCCGAUUUACAAACAUUGAUUAAACAUUCAUUUCUUUUGAAUUUUCUUCAUGAAUUAUUAAUGUUUUUUUAAGUUAUCAUAUAGCUAUGUUUUUAUUAAGGGUAGGUAGGUCGCGAAACAUUUGUAUUUGAGUGAUAUUUUAUAAUAAUUAACACUGCAUGUGUAUGAUACGAAAUUGGACACAAAUACAACACAUAUGGAUUAAAAGCUAUUAUUAACACGAUUAAACAGGAUUGUGACAGACAAAAUGUUGAAACAAAUUUGAAAUAUUUGCAAUUAUCUCAAUAAAAUGUUUAUCAUAAGAGAUAAAGCUAAACUAUUUUUUAUGUUUUAGAAAAUUUUGUUUGAAUACUGCAGCCCUUAUGAUGUGCGUGAGGCCGUCUUACAACAAGAAGUAGGUGUUUUUCGUUACCUAUUAUGACCGAACUAAAUCAGUCUUAUAUAUUCAGUUUAAUCUAAUUAAAUUUAAUUUUAUAAAUUUAAUUUUAUAUUAAUUAAAUUUGAUCGUCUUUGCUUACUUUUGUAUAUACAGAUGUUAAUCUAUCUUGCAUCGUUUAUUUCUACAAAUCCUGAUGUCUAUAAUGGAAUGUUGAAAAUUAGAGUUGGGUAUGAUAUAAACGAUAUAAAGUAGUAUAGCCAUUGCAGUUUUUGGAGUGCAAUUAUAGUAGUAUAUAUAGUAACGACUACAUCAUCUUACACUAGAACUACUAUACAAACUACAGUGACUCUGGAAAGACAUUUACAAAGUUUCAUGUUUUAGAUGGAUAGUUCAAGAAAUGAAAAAUUUGCUAGAAAGACAUUUUCCAAAUGAAAAUAUCGAGGUAAACACUUUCUAGAACUUCUAGGUUCGUUUCGUUUGACAUAAUUACCUCUGCCAUGGAUAUUGCCCAAGGACUUAUUGAUUAUAUUUUCGUUAAAUGUGGGUGAAAAUGGAAUGAGAAAUUAGGAAAAGUUUGUCUUGCUCUGCCGGGCAGAGUUAACUGAAUGCGUAAUUAGCCCAUUGUAUAAAUUAUGCAUGAUACGUAACUUAAUUCGCUGGCGGAGGUAUGCACUCUGCGAUUGCCUUCUAGUUUAUUAUCCUAAUCGGAGGAUCAUCACCCUUUCAUGACAAAAAUAAUAUUUUGUCCCAUGCACUUUUCGCCCACACGAUUAGAUGUUAUUUACAUGUAUGUUCAUUUAUAUUGUGAUAUAGAAAUUGCAAUAUGAGGGAUCUAAAAAUCGAAAUUCACAUUAUUAUUUACAAUUUGUUAUUCAUAGUCAGUCUACACGUUUCCUCCAAGUCGAGUAAAAGCGUUACUUUGGAUUGUUUUAACAUGUGAAGGACGUAUCAACGGGCUUGAUCUGGCUCCAAGGUAUUGAAAGCUUAGUCUACGUUGUACUAUAUAAUAUUGUGCAGGAAACCAAGGCACAAUAUGGCAUUGCCUACGUUGUCGUAGGUGAGUUGUGUGCUUGAUUUACACAGUACAACUCAAGUUGUAAGCAGGUGGCAUGCGACAGUUUUAGGCAAAAGUUGUGCAAUAUAAAUCCAGCCUAAACAAUUAUUGGUUCGCAGUUGACGUCAUGAAGGACAUGUUGGAAAAACGCUUACAAAAGAAUAUCAUUAGCAGCGAUUGUAUUUGAAACGUAUUUUUCUCCAACAUGGCUGCCAUAAGUUUGUCUUGUAGAUUUCAAACCAUGAAAAUAGCUAUAAAUGAAAAUAGUUGCCCGCUCAAUAUUUUGAUAUUAAAAUUGCAAAAAACGUCCCAUGCGUGUAUUUUAUAUAGCUAUACAGUGCAAAAAUAUAGAAUAUAGAAUAUCUUUAUCUGUGAAUAGUAUCUACAUUAUAUCUUAUUGGAUUCUUCUGAGCCCAGUAUCGUAAAAUAUUGGAUCGGCACGUGACCUUCUCAACGAUUACUGAUUGGUUAAGUGCGCGCGAGUGUAUAGUAAUAAUAAUUAUCUUGUUCAAGAUUCGCACAGAGUGCGCGUUUUGCUCUAAAUUCGGUCGCGGAUAUUCUUAUAGAAAUGUUCUAGAACAGCGUCAACUCAAUGGAGCAAUGCACCGAGUCCCUACUGGUUUCUAUUCUAUGGGUAAUGCCUAUCAACUUAUAAUAAAUCAAAUUCGUAUCAAAAUUCUGUCAUAGUAUUAGCAAAAAAUAUUAUUUACAAUUCAAUUUUAGUUUGGAAAAUUUUGGGUCGUUCAGACAGUGGUUUUGAGCUAUCGAGGUCAUCAUUACCCAAGGUAAGGGCAUGACCAGAAAUUGCGGCCACAAAUUGAAAGCUAGCUCGUCUUAACAAAGCAUGCGUAGAUUUUAUUUGCUGACGUGCACUGAAUACUAAUGAGGCGAACAAAUAUAAUUACAAGAUAUAGUCGGUAAAGUUUUUCAUUUAUUGGUAGAAUUUUCUGUGCAAUUUCCUAUCUUGGAUGCAUUGACAUGACGAUUGAAAUAGAGAUGACGAUGAUAUCUCGUGCAAAAUUCUAAAAAACUUCAAAGUUUGUUGUCUAACAUAAAUAUGCCGAAAAUGUGCACCAACAUUGAAAACAAAUAUAUAUUAACCCAAAUGUUUAGAUUGUUUAUAAUUGUUGGGUUGAACGAAAUUGUGUGCAUAGCAUAGUUUGAAGAGCCGUUGGAAUAUAACGCUGACGUCACCAAAGUUUCCUGUAAAAUUUUAUUGGAUACCGAGGUUGAUAAUUUCUCCUCAAUUUCACAUCAUAUUUCAUGCACUUUCAGUUUCCCACGAUGGAUGAGAUGACGGAAGGAGAAAAAAACUUUGCACUUAAAGUUGAGGAAUUUUUAAGUAGUGUUCCAAAACCAGAAUACCGGCAGCUGUUGGUUGAG